AUGUAAACAACGACAGACUCUGAUGGAGAGUUUUUGUUUGAGAGCUUGUUAGACUUUAUCGUAUUGCUGUCUAAUCAGAAGUAACAACACAGAGCUGUUCGACUGUGUUCAGCUCUGCUCUCUAACAUGUUCAAAAUAUUUUAACCUGAACAGUUUGAUAUUAAAUGCUAAGCAGAGCAACGAGAGCUAACGCGUUAGCUCGCUAGCUCGGUAACGUUAGCUAACGUCAGGAAAGACAUCAAGAUAAAGUUAACAUAUUUACGUUGGUAAGCCAUUAAACUAUCUAACGUUACUAACGAUCGUAUGCUGAUGAGACUCGAUGGAGGACUACGACGAGUUUGUGCAGCAUCGUCUCUCUCAGCUGAGGAAAAGUGAUGAGGAGGAGGAACACAAACCUUCAGCUGCAUCUUCUCUCAUCCGCUUCUAUGGACAGCCCAUCCUUCCUCCCCUGCUCUCGAGGGAACAGAGAGAUGAAAUGCAGCGACACAGAGAUGCAGCACAGAAGGCUGCAGUCCACAGAAAGUUUAAGGACGAUCAAAGGAUGGCCUAUGUGCAAACUAUUCUACACAGCGUUCAGCUGAGGAAUACGCCAACAUUGGAAGAGUUGCUUCAAGAAUCGGAGAUUAAUACUAAAUCUUCAUAUUCCCAUAACACCAGUGGUGGGUCAGUGUCGCACAGCAAUUUCUCUACAGGGACAAAGGAUAGUCUGUCGUUCUUGUCACCACCUGCAAGGAAAGGAGAGGAUGGUGUUUCUCUUCCUCCGUUGUCAUCAACUACAUAUAGUGCCUUUUUCACCUCUAAUGUGAAACCCCAGCAAAGUUAUCAGGAAGGAUGCCUUAUUGACCAUCACGACAGCCAACAGCUAUCACAACCAAAUUCACUUAAUGGUGUGAGCCACCGGUCAGUAUCCUCAGGCUAUGUGACCUACGAGAAUGUUGAAAACACCACCAGUGUCUCUGAAAGGAUUUAUGCAGGGAGAGAGAGCCAUGGCUUUGGCUCUGUGGAGGGAGCUGAUGAUAUGGGUGGCUUUUUCCUUCACAACGCCUCUAACACAAUCGCCAAGAUGCCAGAUAUUAUUAGCCACCCUCCCAUAGAUGGAGAAGAAUUGGAGAGGAGUGGACUAGAGUCAUCCAUUUGUAAUGAUUUUAUAGCUGUAAAAGACAUUUGCUGUACCUCACUCCAGGAGGAUUCAGUCAUAUGUGACUCUUUGCCAGGAGAGAAAUCUGAAAACAGUCAUCUGGACAGUAUAGAGAGUGAAGAUGACCUUCCCUCUACCACAGUACUUGACCUUGACAAAUAUGGAAAUUUGGACAGAAUUGAGGUCUCUGUCUCUCCGUUAGACAACAGUGGCUUCUCAGACAAUCCAGAGUUAUCUCAGGCAUUAAACACUCCUCACUGUCCAACAACAGAGCUACAUAUCCAGCACGAGCCAAGAGAAACAGAACCAGCAGACGACAAGUCAGAUGAAGCAGACUUAAAGCCAUGUGAGGAACCUUAUCGUCUGAGCCUCCAGGCCUUGCUGAAGAAAUCUCAGGAGUAUCGGCGGUGCCAGCGGAUGCUUAGGAACCAAGCCAAAAACACUAAAAUUCAGGAGAGAGCACAAGAACAGCCAAGAGUUGAGGAGCAGAGCCUCUCUGAUAAGGAGAAUGACGAGUUCCCCUACAAGGGAACAGUGACUGCAGAGGGGAAGAAAACUAAAGAGAAGAGAGGCACUCUUAUCCCGUCAGUGGAAACUUCACCAAAGAAAUCCCAGGAGAAUGACAGGAUGAUUGGAAGUGAGUUAACUGGGAAAAGGGCAAACUGUAAAUCUGAAAGCACACAUUUAACAGGAGAUGGAAAUACGAAGGAAAUAAGUAAUGUUGAGGAAGAAACAACUUUAAUAAAUAAUAAGCUAAACAUUUCACAAGAGGUCAUAACAGAACCUAAACAAAUCGACGCCUUCCUUCAGAAACAGCCGGUGUUGUCAGAAACCUCCUGGGUUCAGGAAUCCUUUUACUUGACCAGAGAGCAAAGUACUGGACUGGGCAAAUUUUGCACAAUCCCAGCCCCAAAUUUCUGUAGGAGUCCUGUUCACUGCAGGGGGAAAGGGAAUAUCAAAGAUGAAGAGACCUCAAAGGGGAAAGUUCUGCUCAAUACCAGCUUGAAUGAAGACUGCAAGGUUGAAGAAGAAGGUAACCUGGGACUUCAAAACCAUCAGAACACAGCAGUUCAUCAAGUGGUUGAAGGUGAUGUAACAAGUGUUUUUGCCAAGAGUUCACAGCACAUCGAUCAGCUUGAAUCAAACCUGUCCAGUCUGAAAGUGCUGAUCUCAGAUCUGGAGUCCACACUGACAGAAAACUUAGAGAGUCACAGCCAAACUGAGAGCAACCUCUAUAGUGAUGUCUGUUUUGAAGGCAUCAAGCACGCAGAGCAAAUUAAAGAUGAUAAACAUAUGCAGCGCGGUCAAAGUGAUUGUGACUAUUGGGAGGACAAGCUGAGGGAUGAUGGUGGUAGCAGUGAUGCGGAGCAAGACCAAAUGUGCAGGGAGUGGCCGAGAAAUCAAUCAUUCGACAAUUGCAAGAACAUGCACGAAGAUUCAGGACCUGAACCAAGAAUUAGUGACACAGAUGACAUUCCUCUCUUCAUGCACAAAGAAGGAAAAGAGGCAGUUACUUUAACAGAGCUCAGGCUUGUCAAAACCUUGACUACAGAUAGAAAAAUGGAGAAAGUUGCAGGUAAAGAAGGACCAACUAAGAGUUAUGGACAGGAGGGCGUCUAUAGAAAGCAGCAGCCACAAGCUAAAUGUAUCCUCUCUGUGGCCCAGCGGAUGCGCAUUCCUGACGUAUUCCGAAACGCUCCAUCUGAAACCCCGGCUCCACAUAAUGUACCCGUUCUGUCGAAUACCAGUGACCACCCAGUGGAAAGGAAGAAUGAGUUGGCUGUGGAAGGUCACGACACCACCCACUCGCCGUCUCUCAACCAGUCGUACGAUGUGGACACACCAUCUGGGCUGUGGCUCCUCGAUGGGUCCGGCUCUGACUUGGGCUCAAAAGAUCAUCAUAUUCAGGAGAAGAAUCUGACCCCAGAGAGUGGGAGCGAAGGUCAGGGUGGGGUAUCCAAGGUCAAACGGAGGCUGCUCAUGCACAUGACAGAGGAGAGCCUGGACAGGAGCGCAGAUACCAGCGGAGGAGCUGGCUCAGAUGUCAGACCCAACUCCAGAACUCCCAGAGCUGCAGUGCAGUGGUGUAAAGGUCAUGGCAGUCAGAGGGACAAACAGGAGCAACUAAAACAGGCCCACGCUGCUCAGGUCAGAGCCCUGCAAGAAGAGCACAGGAGACAACAGGAGGAACUACUACAGACCUUGGCGGUGCGUUACCGUCUCCUCCAGAGCGUGUCCCUCCCUUGCUCCAUGUCAGGCUCACGUCUUGGGGACACGAUGACCUUUUCUACCUUCUCUCAGCCCUCCAGCUCUCUCCCAGAACGCUGCCGCCCCCUGCUGUUAGCGGCUGUGAAAGGUUUUCUAACUCGCAGGCUGCUGAGGACUGAGAGAGUGGCGCAGCUGGUGCGCACCAUCGGGGACACACAGCAGUUCCUGCAAGCCUUCCAGCAGCAGAGCCCUGGCAGGGGGGGACUCUGUAGCAGACAGGACCUUUUACUGCAGGAGAGAGUCACUCUUCAGCUGCGCGCCGCACGUUACGAGCUCUACGACGUAUUCUUCAGUCUGUCAGCCGGAGAGAGGAUGCAACUGAUCAGCUGGGACAGAGAGCUGGAGAGAGAGAGAGAGCUCAGACGACAGAGCGGGCACACAGGCCAUUCCAGAGGAAAGAGCUCUCUGUCAGUUGCGACGCAAAAAUCGCUGGAGAGGAAGAGAGGAAAGAUGAUCCAGAAAAAGGCAGCAGAGAGACACAGGGGAGUUGUGACGAGGACUGGACUCAAGAAUGGAUCCUCCGCCGAGCAGCCGCUAGAAACCAAACGAGGGCAGUUCAGAGCAAAUCCUCAGAGGGUCCCCAAGAGCACUUACUCCUCUAGACCCCGAUGACACUUUCCUAAUUGGCCCCAGUGAGGACUCCUAAUAAGGCCUCUAGCGAUUACAUGAAUAUUGUAUAACAUAACAUUUGAGUUUCCAAAUCCAAAUUUGACACAAAGUUAUGCCUGUUGCCGACUAAUAUAUCACUGUAUCGUAGUUCUCCAAGCAGGUGUAAUACAAUAGUGACUACAGGUGACCCUGUGGACACAAGAUUUUACAGAGUAGUUUUACAUUCAAUGACUCAGAGGUGAAGAUACAUCACUACAGCCACUACCACUGUCAGUAACAGUUUCUUUACCAGGUCUGCUUUCCGUCUUUUCCACCAUCCCCAGUGUACUCAUGUUGAAGAUGUUAGUGGCAAAAACGUUGAGCUGGGGGAAAAGAACCAGUUCGGCAUCCUUUUGGCUGCACCUUUAAAGCUUUUGCACUGUACAUGAAAGACUUAAAUCACAGCGGAAAUGAUCAGGAAAAGCUCAGGUGUAAUGAAGAACACUAAUGAUGGCUCUGUUCAGUUCCCAGCCUCGGGGUCUCAAGAUAGAUAAACGUAGGAAAGCAGCAAAAACUUCAUUUAAGCAACACAAAAUUAUAGGGUUGUCUUUUUUAAAUCUUCA